GAUCACCGGUGGCGAGCUCAAGAACGUGAACUUAAAGCUGCAGCAGACAGUGUCUUAUCUGAAGUAAGGAAAAAACAGGCAGACACAAAGAGAAUGGUAGACAUCCUGCGUGCUUUAGAAAAGCUUCGAAAACUGAGAAAAGAGGCAGCAGGAAGAAAAGGUGUUUGUCCUCCACCCUCAGCAGAUGAAGACUUUGAACAUCACAUAGAGAGGCUGAGGACACUGAUCAGAAAACGCACUGAACUGUAUGAAGCUGAAGAGAGAGCAUUAAGAGUUAUGUUAGAAGGAGAACAGGAAGAAGAGAGGAAAAGAGAAAUGGAAAAGAAACAAAAGAAAGAAAGGGAAAAGCUUCUACAGCAAAAACGUGACAUUGAUUCCAAGUUAUUCGGGGAUCCAGAUGAGUUUCCCCUUAAUCAUCUACUGCAACCCUUUAGACAAUAUUAUUUACAAGCUGAGCAAUCUGUUCCAGCCCUCAUCCAGAUAAGGCAUGAAUGGGAUCAGUACCUGGUACCAGCUGAUCAUCCUGAAGGAAGCUGCAUCCCUCCAGGAUGGGUUCUUCCGACUCUCCCUACCAGUGACACCUGGGCCACUGCUGUUAGAUAAUUUAAUAAGUCAGUCUGAAGUGGUAGGUCCCCAGGGAAAAAAUAAAUAUACUGUAAAUAUGUGCAUGUGUAUAUAUAUACAUGUAGAUUUUUUCCCUUGAAAUCUACAUCACCACUUCAUUUUUUUAAAUUGUAAAGCAUGUAGCAAGAUACUGGCGUUGGAAUUUCCUGUAGAAAAGCGAUAAGGGAAAAAUCUUUUCAACCUCCUGGAUCAACAGAUAACUAUCCAAGUGUAAAAGAUGGUGUAAGCCAUGUUUGUUACUAAUGUGGUGCUGUAGAGUUACAGUUCUGUUAUGGGCCUUUAUUUAACAAGUCUUUGGAUUUGAGGAAAUUUGUUUACAAUCUGAGUGCAUUGUAAGUGGGCUGAUACCUUUGCAGAGCCAUGUGUGUGCAAUCAAAAUGCUCACGUUGGACAUCUCUAGCAUGUAAGCUUUGAGUCAGCAGUCAUCUCUUUCUUCCCUCUUCUGGGUGUAGAGAUAGUGAAUGACUGUUGCCAAAAGAGGUGAAUUUCCAUAGAAAACUAAUGUUGAAACAAUUUCCUAUCCCAAAAGUAGUAUCAAAGUAGUGAAUCUCGAUCUAACAUUUGACCAUGAAGUUCAAGAUCUCUUUUUAAAACACAGAACAAGCAAAUGAAACAGCCAACACCACAUAAUUAUAUAAGUAUACACAUUUCUAAGAGUCACUGUGGUCAACCUAAGUUCUAAUCUUGACUGUACCACUGGCUUGUUUUUUAGCCUUGGCAGUCAAUAAACUCUUUUUGUCUAUUUGAAGCAAACUGCUAAACAGGAAUAAUUUCCUACCUCACAAGGAUUAAUGUUGUAUAGUGAGUUUAAAAUGCUAAAUAUUACUUAUAUUGAUACGUUGUUUAGCCGUUAUGCAUCAAACAUAGCUCACAAAUUUAAGAUUUUUCUAAAUAAAAAGUGCGAGCUCCACAGAUGGCCUCUCUUUCUUUCAGGCAGAUUAGUAGCCAGCUUUUGGGCAUUAUACAUGCAGUAAUAAAUGCAUGCAGCUUUAAAAAUCUAGCUCUUUGGUUGUCUCCUGUUCAAAAUCACAGUUAUUUUUCCUUAAUGAAGGGCUUAAAGUGUUGCUUUCAGUUUUGUUAUAAGAAUGAAAAGGUUUUUUCCCCUUGGGAUAGUCAUGUAUUGCACUGUGUCCAAGAGACACUUUGCUUAUAAAACCUGAAAUUUUGUAUGUGCUAGAUCUCCUAUAGACUAGACAUUAGAGCCUACUAUUCAUGUAAUACUUGUUCCAUUUAUAUUGUAUUUGGGUGUGGUGCUAAUAGAAGUAUCUUGGCAAUCCAUAAUUGUACCAUCAGCAAUGCUGUGAUUUUUUUUUUUUUUUUAAAAUACAGUAAAAGUAAUACAUAUAUAAAUUCAACUAUCUGGUCAAGACUACAUACAGUGGAGUUAGUGGGAAUUUUAAUUUAAGAAAAUGAACCACAAACACACUAUUGAAGUUCUUUAUUAAUAAACACCAUAAAGAGAAUUCAUAAAUUAUGCCACACCAUCUUUAAAUCAUUAUGUAAUUCCUAUGUGUUGCAACACAUUGAGGAUUAUAUUUUCAUUUAAAUGCAUUCACAAUCUCAUUAAAUCUAAAGUGAGUGGAGAAUUUCCUCCAUUGUACGGAAAACUGUUAAUGCUUGGAGGAGUUUGUAAUAUCUAGGCACGGAGGAAUGAGCUAAGAGUGGCCAUCAGUAUUUAUUCUGAAUAUCCUUGCUUUUAUGGGUUUGUGACACUUACAUUAAUUCUUUGGUAUAUUUAUACUAAUGUUUCUGUAACUAUCUUUUAAUUACAGUAUUGAAAUAUUGACUCAGUCUUGAAUGUAAAAGGACUAAAAGAGUAAAUCUCAUUUUCUCAGUUUGAUGUUUCUGCUGUUUUCCAUGUUAAAAUGUUUUUGCUGAUUUAAUUUUAUGAACAGGAAUCAAGGUUAUGAAGACAUCAGAACUUAAAAAAAUCACUAGUAAGCAAGACCUUUUUUCUCAUAUUUAGUAAUAUAUCAAGCAUAACUACCAGUCUCUUUCCAUACUUUGUUAGUAGACAUUAGCAAUUACAAGUUGAACAAAACCCUUAAAAUGCAAACUGGAGUUGAGAUUUUUUAAAUGCUUGGUGGAAGUAGCAGUUUUUGGCAUUUUGAUCUGAAGAGUGCUAAAAUGGGAAUAUCUCCCAAAUUGUUAUGCUCGAAAAGGUAGACUAGCCAUGUGACUGUAUAGCUUGAUCAAUAAGCCUGCUAGAAAAAAAAAGUAAUACAAGCUGAAGCCUAAUUUAUUGUAAUUGUUCUUGCUAGCUACUUUCUUUCUUUGUAAGUAGAUACCAUUUGUAAAAUAUAAUUUAGUCAAAAAUACAACUCUCAUUUUGUAAGUGCAUUUUAUACUUUAAAAAAAUAAAUAAAGGAAACUGUCAAAUG